AUGACAGAUAUAAAAAUACCCUUUACCAAAAUUGAAGUCGAAAAAUACUCCGGUUCCGAUAAACCAACUAAUGCGGAACUUUUGACAUUAAAAAUUAUUCCUAUUACUUCUAACGAUUUUUAUGAUAAAUUUUCAUUACCUUUGGAUUCUGUUCUAACCAAGAUAAAACUUGGUUUUAUGGAUGGUGCCGAAAAGGAGAUUUAUGAUAACUUAUUAGAUGACAGCAAAGAAAAGUUUGAACUAAGUUUUGAUAAAGAAAAAGUUAACUUUUUUGUGGUUGGGACGGAGAACGAAGAAAAGGAUAAUGAUAAAAUUGAAAUUAACUACUUUCCAAUUGAUAGUAAUGCUAGUUUAGAAAUUAUUUUCAAACCUCAAUUUGCCGGAGUAGUUAAAAUUGCCUCCAAAGAUCCUGUGAAAGAACCAAAUAAAGAUAAAGGUAAUGGAGGAGGCAACCAAAAUCCUCCUUCUGAUAAUUCCAACGAUAACCAGCAAAAAAUAAUUGAUCUCCAAAAUCAAAUUAAUGCCUUGGAGGAAAAAUUAAAAAAACAACCUACUUCUAAUAACAGUUCAGCAGAUAAGGAAAAAUUAGAAAGGUUAAAGUCUGAAAUUCAAGGAUUGAAAAAGAAGCAAAGAGGAAAACAAAACGAAGGAGGCAAUAAAAAAAAUGAUUUCCCUACUGGGCUAGUUAUAGGUGGUGGAGCA